UUUAAGUUUCAGUGAUCACUUCCGAGGCUGGUCUGCAGGAGGUGGGUUCAGCGGUGCCGUGUGUCUGUCAGUCGAUCUCUGUUUGUUUUGUACGUCCAAAAGUCAUGGAUGAACUCACCGGUGCGCAAAGGAUUCGCUCGGUAAGUCUGGCAAAACGGUGCGACGGUGACAAAACCUCUGCAGCUGUGGAGUGAUUCCAGGCGGCAGGAGAGGAAAUCUGGCUGGAAGUGCUCAGGUUUAACAUCAAGCUGAGUGAAGGGAGAACCUCCACACUGUCAGAGUCUGCGGUGGUCAGUCCCUCUAAUCUGGUGUCGAAAUGGCCUCCAGACAGGGAGACAUUCCAGCCCUUGAGUCUGGCACUUCAUCCGGACUCUUCGGUGCUUUUUCGUCUCCGAUUGCAAUGAGCCGACGCAACAUCAGCUACGAUGAGCACAUGGAUGCCCCCAUGCAUUCACCACCUCCUGACUUGACUGUCAACAUCUUAUGGAAAGACCCAGUCAUCCCACAACACAAGUUCAGGAACACUGCAGAGGAAGGUGAGAGUGAUGGGAAGCCACUGACUUUUGAGGUACCGUCGCCAGCUAAGUCCCCGGUGCCUGUGGUGAGAGCCAAAGCCACCUCUUUAAUGAGCUCGCUAAUGAUCAAGCAAACCCAAGAGAACAUGCAGAAAUUUGAGCACCAGGCAGGGCUGACAGAUGCUGGAUAUUCUCCCCACAAAGGCCUCUCUGCAGAGGAUACCCGCUUCCACCGACGGGGUGAUGGCACGCUGCCAAAGUUGAGAAUGCCAAGCGGGGACUUCAAGGAGGACAGGCUUACAACAUCUGCACAAUCCACCCCAAGUGGCACCCCCUGUGUUACCCCCAGCGUCACCCCCUGCGUUAGUCCCCACUCAUCACCGGCUCUCAGUCGCAGGAACUGGUUCCAGCUGAGUCCUGCACCUUCCCUUACUGUCCCAGAGCUCAACUACCCCAAUCCCAGCACAGACAUGGGAGGAAAUGAGGGAGGAGGAGGAGAGAGAUGGAGCUUCUUUGGAACUCGAUCUGUGGUACAGAAGUCCCCCACAGAUCCUGGCUCUGAAACCAGUACAGGCUUCUCUCUGCAGUCCUACUUUGGCCUGCAGAAGUCCACUACCAUGGAUGGCACCAGCACCCAGGUGAACCUCAAGGUGGAGGACCCUUCCAGCUUCAUGCCCCCCAAGAUUGAUAUCUCAGGCAUAGAAGCCAAGCGGGUAGCUCCGCGGCCACACAAACUUAAACCUCGGGACAUGAAUGUUUUAACACCUUCGGGUUUCUGACAUCAGACCAGCUGUGUGGCUGCUCCUUUGUGCCACAUCCUCAGAAGUUUCCAACCGUCUGGUUGCUCCGUCGCUUUCCUGCCUUCCUCUGUCCCCUCCGUCUCCUUGCAAAUUCACUGAGGCUGAGAGGAAUGAGGACUACCCACAGUAUUAGCUCACCAGCCUCAGAGACAUCACUGCACUGCUACUCCCCCCAGUGGACUUCUUCAGAUUGAUUUGCUGUCCUCGAGAACUCCACACCAUCACCUUCCUGUGUCUUCCAACUCAUUGGUCCAAAUAAAAAAACAGAUGAAGUACAUUCAUUUGUCACCCCUAAAGAUGGUACUGCUUUGUAUUAUUGUUGUCCUGUCACAUAUUGGGUGCAUUGACUUGCAACGCCUUUCUGUCCUUGUUCCGUUGUCAGUGAUGGCACGAGAUUGAAGUUGAAAUAUCUUGUCAGUCCUUUUCAGAAGUUGAUGACUUUAGCAUUGCCUCUCAAGCUCAAACUGACUAGUUAUUUCAAUUCUAAAUGCUCACAUGCCUGCCUCAUUUGUUGUUUUUUUUAUUUUAAAUAAGCUCACAAGUUGAUAGUUGUGUAGUGCUUAUCUCUGUCAGCAUGCAGAGUAGAGUGUGUGUGACUGAUUUUGUGCCUAAACUUUAAGCGUGCUUGCAUUUGGCAUCCAUGCCAUCUAAGUUUAGAUUUGUUUUUUAUUACAUGAAAGAGCUUCUGAUUUUCUUUAUAAGAGUAUGACUGCAGACCUGAAGUGAAUUUUUUAUUAUUAUUUCAACUCAAGUAUUUUCAUAUUGUCCUGCUUUAAACCAACUAUGUAUAUUCUAAAUACUGCAUAGUAGAGUUUGUUGAGUUUAACACAUUUUUAUAUAGGGCCACAGUGCUGGUUCAAGAAUCUAUAAGAAUGCAAAGCAUUGAAGUGGUCAUUUUCGAGUUUGGAUUUGUUUGUGUCUAAGAAUCUCUGCUGUUUUAUUUCAAAGUUGUUGAAUUCCAUUAAAUAAUUGCACAAGGGAGAUGGUCUCCCACUUACAUCUGUAAAUAAAUGAUCUUAACAAGCAAAA